UGUCCGGGUGACCCCCCCAAGAAGGGACCCAGGUGUCCGGGUGACCCCCCCCCCUCCAAGAAGGGACCCAGGUGUCCGGGUGACCCCCCCAAGAAGGGACCCAGGCGUCCGGGUGACCCCUGAGGAGGGACCCAGGCGUCCGGGAGGGACCCAGGCAUCCGGGUGACCCCCCGCCAAGAAGGGACCCAGGCGUCCGGGCCAUGGAGGGCGUGGUUCUGCUGACGCGCAUCGUGCCGGGGGGGGCGGGGCCGGGGCGCCCCCCACAGGCCCAGGGGCGGCACCGCUAUGGGGACCCCCUGGCCCUGGGGGUGGCGCAGGUGCUGCUGGGGGCCCUGCAGGUGGCGCUGGGCGGGACCCUCCUGGGGGCGCUGGGGGAUCCCCUGGGGGCCCAAUGGGGGGCGCCCCUGGGCACCGGGGGGCUGCUGCUGGUGUCGGGGUCGCUGCUGGUGACGCUGGAGAAGAGACCGAGUGUGGGGAUGGCGCGGGUGGGCGUGGCCGUGGGCGGGGUCUCCUCGUGCUGCCUCCUGCUGGCCCUGCUGGGCCAGGGACUGAGCCUGGGACUGAGCCUAAGCCACCACUGUCCCCAGUGCCACCAACUGGGACCCGCGGGGACGGGGGCGCUGCUGGGGGUGCAGGUGCUGCUGCUGCUGAUGGGCGUGGCCGGGGCGGGGCUGGCGGUCACGGGGACGGUGGUGGCCGGAAGGGGCGGAGCCAAAGGGGAGAGGCCGCCAAUGGUGAUUUACCAGACAGCGCUUCCAGGGGCGGGGCUUGCGGAGACCACGCCCCCUGCCGCCACCUCUGAAUAAAUCAGCCAAUCAGCAUCCUCCUCCUGUUGGCCAAUCACAUUCUAUGGAUGGGGUGGAGCAGCCAAUGGGGGGUGGUGGGCGGGGCCUGAUCCAUUUUAAGCCAAUUUGGGGUGAUUUGGGGGCUAUUUGGGUCCAGUUUGGCUCUUGAGGGAUUAAUUGAAUAUAUUGAAAUCUU